CCCGUGGCUCCUCCCGCAGCGUCAGCAGUACACGCGCUGUUGUUGUGAUUGACAGACGAACAGGAGUCAUGUUGAACUUUCGUUUUGCUUUUCGCCGUCACAGAUAUGUUGUAAGUAAUUAAACAACGAUGUCCGAAAUACUGAUGAAAGAAAUGGAGAGUAUAUCGAUCAGUUCAAUGACGGCAGAGAAGCGUCCAGGCGGUGUCCCGAGCUUCCUGCUGGUGGAUGAACAAGAAAACCUGCAGGUCCGCGAUGAGUCUGACUUUGUGGACAGACUUGGCUGUGGGGACGUGGCAGGAGUCAAGGUCCUCUCCAUCUUUGGCAACACCGGUGAUGGCAAGUCACACACCCUCAACCACAUCCUAUUCGGUGGUGAGAGUGUGUUCUACACCUCCAAGUCCCCCAGCUCCUGUACGGUGGGAGUGUGGGCCGCGUAUGACCCCACCCUCAGCUUGGUCGCCCUGGAUACUGAGGGCCUGUUGGGGGCUGCAGCCAAUCAGAACCAGAGAAUGCGGCUGCUGCUAAAGGUAUUGGCAGUGUCUGAUAUAGUAGUCUAUCGUACACGGGCAGAGCGCCUUCACAACGACAUGUUCCUGUUCCUGAGCAGCGCCUCGGGGGCCUACCUGAAGCAUUUCACCCCGGAGCUCAGGGCCCUCUCCAGCCGCUGUGGUCUGGACGUGCCCCUCUCUUCUCUUGGGCCGGCAGUUAUCGUCUUCCAGGAGACAACGCACACUCAGUUGCUCGGCCAUGAUUCUAAGGUGGGUGGCCAUGCCGACACACUGCUCCAGAAGCGUUUUCACGACCUGGGCUUGGGGACAGAGGCCUUCAGCUCGGUGCAGUAUGUAGGCUCCCAGACCAUCACUCCUCCCACUGACUACAACAGGCUGCUGGAGGCCGUGAGGCAGCAAGUGAAGAACACUCACACACGCUCCCCCCGCCAGCCCGGGAUAGUGUUUCACGCUUUGGAAGCCCUAAGUGAGCGUUUCUGUGGAGAACUGUCAGACGACAAGAUGACCCUAUACUCAUUCUUCCCAGACGAAUACUUCACCUGCUCCGCUGUCUGCCUCAGCUGCAACAUUCGCUGUAAAAAUGGAAUGAACCAUCUGAAAGACAGGGUCCCCCACAUGGCAGAUGGACUGUGCCAGUACGCACACCAGUAUAACAACAAGGUCCUUAUCUGUAAGAGGUGCUAUGAAGGAGGCAGAGAGGUGAUUGUCGUGCCCAAGACGUCCGCUUCCAGUGACAACCCAUGGUUUGGACUGGCCAAGUAUGCCUGGUCAGGCUAUGUGUUGGAGUGUGCUAGCUGUGGUGUAAUCUACCGCAGCAGACAGUACUGGAUGGGAAACCAGGACCCUGAGAGCAGCGUGGUGCGAUCUGAGGUCAAGCAUGUCUGGGAGGGGUCGGAUACCUUUCUGACCACCCACCAGAACGCUGCCCAGAGGGUGCUGGAUGGGAUGAACUUCAUGAUCCAGUCAGUGUCGGAGUACAGCACCGGCCCCACCAAAGCUGUCACUGCCUGGCUCACUGACCAGGUGGCGCCGCCAUACUGGAGACCCAACACAGAGAUCACUGCCUGUCAUGGCUGUCAGAAGGUGUUCGAGGAGGCGGAGAGGAAGCACCACUGCCGAUCAUGUGGCGAGGGUUUCUGCCAUCCCUGCUCCAGCCACAGGAUGCCGGUGCCAGAGAGAGGCUGGGGCAGUGGCCCUGUCAGGGUGUGUAAGGCCUGCUACCGACAGGGAGGGCCAGCUGACACUAACAGCCAGGUGUGUAAGGUGGAGCCUCGUGGUCUAAUAGCUCGCAGGGUGACGGAGGUGGCCCAGUCCACACUGGACAUGGUCACCACAGCUGUGGACUACCCUCUCUGUUUUGUGAAAGAUGUGGCUCGGCCAGACUACUGGGUGCCAGACCAGGACAUCACCCAGUGCCACCAGUGCUCCAAGACCUUCACUUCGGCAAUGUCCAAGCACCACUGCAGGGCCUGCGGACAGGGUGUGUGCGGUCCCUGCUCCACGCACAUCAGGCCUGUGCCCUCCCGAGGCUGGGACCACCCAGUCAGAGUGUGUGACAGCUGCCACGCCCGCACGGAUAGUCUGUGAGCUUUUUCAACCAGGAGAACUUCUCAAAGUGCACUCGGUCUUCCUCAGAUGAUCCACAAAAACACUGUGAAUCCUGGCACUGCUGCUCCAAGAGAACAAGGAGGAUUGAUUAAACAGCACUAAAUGGCAGAAAUGGAAUCGCCCUUGGUUUUGUGCAAAAAGAAGCUUAAAAUGGUCACCACCUGGGCACUAGGGCUGGUGUUUAUCAGUGCUGACCUAGGAUUAGCUUUCCAUCUCAUCUAUCUCAUCUGCCUUCCUUGAGCAACUGAUUCUGCAGCAGUUAUGAGGUAAAGCUCAACAUAGAUCACUUUUGCUACAGCCCCACUGGACCAGUCAAACUGCUAUAAAACUAACUGGACUAAUGGAAAGCUGGAUGUGAUUUUAACAGAUUUUUGAAAAUGAAGACAUAAAACUCCUCUCAAUUCUCUUUAUAACAGCGGAGCUUGUCUCUUAACUGCACUCAAGUGUAGUCUUCUUUGUUCAUUAAUUUGUGUUUGCACAGCCAUGCUGCACGCUGCCCAUUCUCAAUUUGAACAAUGUUAGCUCAAAAUUACAGGAGAAGUAAUAAAAGGGAUGAACUGGGAAUAGUGAGGAAUUUUUAAGUUUGAGGGAUUUUUGCACCCCUCUAUUUUAAAGAGUAUCAAGUCAUCUCAACAACUUGCAUUGUCUCUGCAAAGCCCUCAGAAAAAUAGAGAUUGUGUGAGGUGAUUUUUGUUUUUAUCUUCCUCACCACCUUCCUCUGAACCAUCUCUCUCCCUCUGGGGUAAAUUAUGGACAGAGUGGAAACACAAAGCAGUUCAGACUUUUGGAGGGAAAAAAGUCACUUUUUGUGUGCUCGUCUUUCUGGGCAAAGGAGAUGCAAGAUGGAGAAACAAGAGCUACAGCAGUGUGUGCCUUCAUGGGAAUCUUGAUUCCCAUUUCUGUAGCCCCUAACGAUUCCUCCAUAUGCGGAAUGAGAUUAUCUGUGCCUAAUUACAGAGCAUCUAACUCUUAGUUGUAUCUACAAUAUGGUGAAAUGAUAGGAAAAGAAUCUGUAGCACAACACAUUAUAGACAUUCCAAUGUAUGGAAAUACCUGUGUACUGAUGUGUAUUUACCUGUCUGAGGUUAUUAUAAAAAGUGGGCACUCUCUUGAGCCAGUGAUACUUCAGAAGGUUUUCUUAAUAAAAUGAAUAUGACUGCACUAGACUGGACCACAGAGUUGUUUUGAUAAAUGCAAGUUAACAUGAUUGAAAAUUACACUUUCUGUCAAAGGGAGUUUCUCUGUGUGACGUAGUGAAGGCAUUAAUGCCAUUUUUCUCUGUUUUUCAAUUUUAAAGAUGUUUUCCAGUGAAAUCUAGCAAUUGACAAUCUCUCUUUUUUUUUUCAUAAAUCAGGCUCGUCCAAAUAAAGAAAACAAAAAAGAUUUUGUGUCUCUACAAAUUUCUAAAUCACUUACUGCCUUUCUCUCUUUAAUCUCUCCCUAAUAACCAUUCAUGCUUUAUUUGCAUGAAUGGGUAUUAAACAUUGUUGCAAAAGUAAUUAGAUGACAACACAAAGACUGCGGCAAUAAAAAAGAAGAACAUAUGUGAAUUAAAUUGUGAUUAACCUGCUAAAUAAUUCAAAACGAUAUCUGAUGGUGAGGCUGAAAUCUGCAGAUAUUCAUGUUUCUGCUUUUUCACCCAGCAGGACACAGACUUGCUCUUCACAGCAUAAUUAAUAGAAUUGUGAUAUUUCUUUUAGCCCAUGUUGGGAAAUGCACUUCUCUGAUAUCUUUAUAUUUAGAGCAGGAGAGUAAACGAUUUUGCUUGUCUUCUAUGUGUCCUAAUCAACAAUACCUCCGUUUUGCUUUUCUUUAAACUGAUUAAUGUCAGGGAGUAAUUUAGCUAAUUCUAUGCAGAAUUCGGUAAUACUGUACUAUAAUAAGUUGUUUUUGUUUAAUCCUUUUUUCCCAGCAGUGUCCAUUUCUUUUGAGUUUUGUGGCUGUGGGUGGUAAAGAUGGUGUUUGUGCUCAUUCUCUAGUUUUUAUAUAUAUGCUUCAUAUUGGUAGUGAGUUUAACAGCUCUCUUUUCCAUUUGCAGUAGCAGUAAAUAUAUUCCUUAUGUUGUUGUGAAAUCAGAUUGAAACGUUUUAUCCAAAUUGUACUUGGUGGAGUAAUAAAUACAGCAUGUUUUCUAUAUAUCUUCUUUCUACUGGCAUGAAGGCCCUAUGUGCCUUUUCAGUCCACACAAAUGAGCUUGUGUUCAAUCCCAGAAAAGUGUAGCUGGUGCUGUGUGUGUUUUUCUACUAACAAUCAAAUGCUGGCUACUUUCAUGAGAUCUCGAUCUUUCUGUUUUGAAAUACAGUUACUCCCAUGUCGUCUUCAUUUAUUGAUUUUCUCCAGUCCAUUAAGUAAUUCUCUCUUUGUCUCCCUAAAGACAUACGUGAUUGGCCUCUAGCAGAUUUACCCAGAGAAUCACCAAUAAGUCAGCUAUUUACAGUGUAGCAGGUGACAGGUACAUACAUAUGUUUCCAUAUAAUUUCUCUCUCUCUCUUACAAUCUCCAGUUCAAGGUUAUCUGAAGUUCAUGGUCCCUGAUGUCCAGUGCUCUAAUGGAUCGCUGACUAAUGUGCUCAUUUCCUUCACAAACCAAUUAUGCAAGCCUAAAUUGACUUUAGUGUCAGUCACAGACUAUACAUGGUGUCAGUGAGGAGGCAACAGACAGAGGAGCAUCUGUCUGUAUAUAGACUGUAGAGUCAAUUUUUAAAGAUACAACACAGUAAAAGUUUUUAAAUGAUGGACGUAACAAAAUAAGCAUAAAACGAUGCUGUUCUGAAAAUAUAACCUUUUAUUGGUUGUUGACUCUGAGGUGAUCAUCAGCUGUAGAUCACAGUCAGUCUCUUUUUAUUUACUUCUACAGCACAUAGCUCUUCCACUGCAGAACAGCCACAAUUUACAGUUACCAUGCUGUAAAAACUGAUUUAGUGCGACACUGUAGUUGUAGAAAGAGAACACACACACUGAAGUUAAAGGUAGUUCUGGUGUUGGUGUGGACAGGCAGGGGUUUUGACUGAGGGACUGGAGCUGCUACGGAUAAGUUACAUUGCGUGUGUUUGCACUGUUAUUACUGUGUGUGUGUGGUCCUCCAAACCGCUGUGGAAAAACCCAUCAUGAAGCACUAGUUUGAACAAGACACAUUCAGUCAGUGAUUACAAAACCACCAGGCUCUUCCGUUUUCUCUAUAGGCCUCUGUACAAAGUCUGAGUGUGGCUACUGGAACAGGUGGAAACUAGCACAUGAUGUGAUUGUUACGUGCUUACUAUCUGUCACAAUCCUGACCAAGGUUUUGUCAUUUUAUGGUUAUGACAACUCUUUCAGUCUAGAAUAGAGAGAUGCUGCAAGUAAUUUGUUUAAAGUUUUCAAUAACAUCAUGACCACAGAGUGAGAAGAUAUUGGUAAUGUUCAUGUUCAUAGCUUUUCUUGAAUACAGUCAGAUAUUGUAAUAUUUAUAUGAAUGUACUGGAGUUGUUGUGUGUUUGGAGAGCUUGUCAAUUUCCAUAUUAUAUUAAGAACAUUAUAUACAUACA